AUGGAGAGACGAAACCUGCAAUCCCCUUUUUAUAGAAGCUUAUCAAUGGUGGUUGUUGGUGUGGUAAAUGGCAGUUGUUGGUGCGGCAUCCAAACAGGCCCUAAUAUUUUGUCAUGGCACUACUACCCACCCGAAUUUGCUCCUGUCGACAAACCUAAUUCCGGAGUCCCCGACCCAUUUCUUUCUUUCUUAGGAAGAGACUUCUUGGUAUCUCAUUCCAGCAACUGUCUUCUUCUAUGUGAACGUCUACCUGAUUAUAGAAGAGGUUACAAAUACAUCACAUACUGCGUUUGCAACCCCACCACUAAGGAAUAUGUUCUUCUUCCACAACCUAUACAACAACCGUAUUUUCCCAUCAACAGCAUUAGCAUCGCAUUCGACCCAUCCAAGUCCGCCCACUACAAAGUAGUAUGCAUAUCAGGUACAAAAAGCUCUCAUUGCUGUGUAAAUAUCUAUUCUUCCAAGACAGGUUUGUGGAGACUCUCAGAACAAGGUCCUAGGAUCCAUAGGAUGUGUAGGAAGGGAGUGUUUUGGAAUGGCGCACUGCAUUGGACAACAGGUUGUUAUCAAUCAACUCUCUCUUUCCAUGUUGAAAAGGAAUCCUUUCAGACAACCAAACUGCCCCCAAAACCGACACCAUUAGAGAUUCCUCGGAUAUAUAAAUAUUUUGGAGAGUCAAACGGACAUUUAUACUUGAUAGAGACUUAUAAUGUGAUGGUGACUGAAUUCCAUAUCUUGGAGAUGAAAUCUGACUACUCGCAGUGGUCUGUGAAGUAUAGUGUUAAUUUCGAUUCAGUGUUGAAGGCAUAUCCUGAGAUGUUGGUGCCUUCUGUACUCUUCUACUCAGAAAAAGAUUUGAAGGACCCGUGUCUUAGAAUUUCAUUUACUGGAUUACGUUUUCUUGUUCGAGAAGGAGGAGAACUAGUGUUGUGGAUGUGCAUUCCUGGAAAGAUCAUUUGGUAUCGGAUUACAGAUGGGACCUUUGGGAAGUAUUGUGAUUUGGCGACUCGGAUGUAUGGUGGUUGUUAUUUUGGUGGCUAUUCGUGGCUUGAAGUUCAUUCAUACUCAAAUACUCUCUCAUCCAUUCGACCGACAUCUUCUUAAUAUUUGCAAUUGCCGUCCUUAUGAUUUAUUGGGUUUUUAUUUUUUAUUUUAUUUUAUUUUAUUUUAAAGGUAACACUACCAGGGAUUGAACUCUGGAUCACCCACAUGCACUACAUCAUCUCUACCAGCUUGUCUAACAAGGGGAAGAUGAGAAAAAGACCAAUAGAUUGUUAAGAAAAUAUAUAGUUUCCAUUUUAUGACAGUUUA